AUGAAAACGGCAACAACAGAAACAUCAACAUCAACAGAAGCAAUAGUAGCAUCAGCAUCUCCUACAUCGGGUAAAACGGAUGAUAAUGAAUCGCGUGUUAAAAUGCGAUUAAGUGAUUUUUUCUCAGAUCCCGUUCGUCCAUUUAACGAGUGGAAUUGGACUGAAGCCGCCUUCUUUAAGAAUUUACGUGAACAAGAAAGAGUAAAUUCUUCUUCAACUCCUGGUGAUGCUAAUGAAAUGGCAGCGAUGGGAUUCUCCUGUUCUGUAUUCGAGUCCAGUACACUUGGCGACACACAAUCUCGUCAACUCUCUGCAAUAACACAAGAAACUAUUGCCACUGUGUUGUGUACAGAUAUGAUGAAUACCGCCGCUGCCGCUGCCGCCGCUGGUAAUAAUAGUAAUAAUAGUAGUAGUAGUACUAAUAGUGGUGGAAGUAAGUCUUCCUUACCAGCACAACUGGAGUCACCUGUGCAAGUGUUAACGCCCAUAUUGGAUAACUACACAAUUCCCAUUACCAAACAAGGACCAGAGUACUUUGCUAGUGGUGGAGAACCAAGUGUGUCAUCUAUCUGUAUUAUUAUGGUUGGACUCCCAGCAAGAGGAAAGACAUUUCUAGCACAGAAGUUAUGUAGAUUACUUGGCUGGCAUGGUUCCCGCGCAAAGGUGUUAAAUGUACAAACACCAUGGCGACGUUUACUACUACAAUAUAAAAGAUGUCAUCAUGGUAAAAAUAAUAUAACUAGACUACAAUCAGUUCCUGGUGAUUCCCCUGGAAAUUCAGUUCCAUUAUGGAGUGGAAUAUCACCAAUGAAAACUACAGUGGACUCAAGAAGAGGUACAAUGCAAUCUUCACAUGAUAAUGAAUCAGCUGAACAACAACGGGAAGAACACAAACAACGACCAGAAGAAUUAACAGAAGAAGAAGAAGAACACCAUCAACAACACCAACAACAUCAGGAAGAUACGGAUUAUAUUGGAGCAGAACAUUUCCGUGCACUUGUGAGUGAUCCUCAUAGUGUUGAACGUCGUUUGUAUCGUCGGGUACUGGAGCGAUAUGCCCUAGACGCAAAGGCUUUCUAUGCGAAUGGUGGAGAUGUACUCGUAGUGAAUGAUGACUUCCCAACGGAGGAACUCCGUGAAGAGGCAGAGGCAUUGUUUGCCCCUUUAGCUACACAGACAUUUUUUAUGGAGGUCAUUCGUGACGAUAAGAUGAAUAAAAAAUUCAAUGAAUUUAAGGUAAAGGAUGUUUUAGAAUAUCCUCCAGAUGUGAAUGCCAAUAGGGCAUUAAAGGAUUUUAUGGACCGUGUGGAAUACCUUUCAAGUGUUUACAAAACACUUACACCUUGCUGUGAUGAUAGUGAUAGUGAUAGUGAGGAUGAGGAAGUGGAGGAGAAGGAUGAUGUGAAUCCGACUACUUCUAUAACAACAAUAACAACAACUACAACAACUACAACGAAUGUUGACAAUAGUAAUAGUAAUAAUAAUACUAAUAAUACUAAUAAUAAUAAUAAUAAUAAUAAUAAUAGUAAUAAUACUACUACUAAUAAUAAUAAUAGUAAUAGUGAUGAUGAUGAUGUCAAUUCAACUUGUAAGAAGGAUGAAGGACAUGGAAAAGUGGGAGGAGUUAGUGAACAUAACCGGAAAAAAGAAGAAAAAAUGAUCAAGUGUCGAAGAUCGAGACGAUAUGUAAAAUUGUUAAAUUCAUCUGAAAUUGAAGUCUAUGGGGUAACGGGAUAUGCGGCCAGUCGAAUAGUUUCUUAUGUGAUGAAUCUCACUCAAAUGAAAGUCCAUCAUCCCAUUUAUUUUAUGCGCCAUGGGGAAUCCUUAUAUAAUACAGAAGAUCGUAUUGGUGGGGAUUCUCCAUUAACAGCAGAUGGAGAAAAAGAAGCCAUUGAAUUACUUGGCUUUUUGGCAUCCUUAAAGGAACAUUGUCUUGAAAUCGCGAAAGAGCAAAAAGAGGAUGAAACGUUCGCGACUUCUACUUUAAAUAGAAGUUCCUCCUGUCAUCGAAGCGAUGGGGAAACGCAAGAGGUGAUAGAGAUAUGGACAAGUCAACUUCGUCGAGCCAUUCAAACUGUUGAAAAGAGUGAAAAACUACUGGGUUUAAAGACGCUACGAUGGCAUAGUUUAAAUGAAAUCCACGCAGGUGUCUGUGAGGAUUUAACAUAUGCUGAAGUUCGAGAAAAAUAUCCCCUCAUUGAUCAUUUCCGUCGUCUUAACAAGUAUACCUUUCGCUAUCCUGAAGGGGAGAGUUAUCAAGAUCUAGUUAUGCGUCUGGAGCCUGUUAUUAUGGAAUUAGAGAAUGCAGAUCGUGUGGUUGUGGUUGUGGCCCAUCAGGCCGUUCUUCGGGCGUUGUUGGCGUACUUUGGCGGUACUUCCGCGGAGAGUUGUGUGCGGCUUGAAGUUCCACACCGCACGGUUUGGUGUUGUACAUAUAAUACGAAGGGAAUUGCCUCACUGCAUGAAUUGCGGUUUGCAGAGCAAUGA